UUUUGUCUCCGGCCGUGGCACUGCAGGUAGCGGACUCCAGGUGGGCCUCGCGCCGUCCGUCCGCGGUGCCGCACGGGACAGGGACUGUGCUCGCAGACCGGGCGGCUGGCCGGCGACCCGCAGCUGAGGCCGUGACCCUGAAGAUACAUAAUUAUCAAAACAACCAAUAGAAAAGAAAUGUUUAGAUUCAGUCAAAAAUGUCACAUGUUCAUCAAGAUUAUUGUCAGAGUCAUCAAUUAAACAGGUGAGUACUAUUUCAUGGCCCUUCUAUUCCUUCUCAUGGUUCAAAGGGAUAUGUCCCUAGAGGUUUAUAGUGAACUUAAAUAUGAUAUGGAAAUUUCUCACAGGUAAUUCCUGGAACUACAAGAUAUGAUCUGUUACAACUUCUCCCUUCCAGUUUUUCCCACUCUGGCUUCAUAGUUUCUACUCUUCCCUAAGAGACUCAUAAAAAAUGAAAAAAUUCAAGGGGCCUGUGACAUUAAAGGAUAUUACUGUGGAGUUCAGCAAGGAGGAGUGGAAAUUACUGACUCCUGCUCAGAAGACCCUUUACAAGGAUGUUACACUGGACAACUAUAAUCUCCUGGUCUCCGUGGGCUAUCGUGUAAGUAAGCCAGCUAUAGUUCUUAAAUUGAAGCAAGGGAAAGACCCAUGGAGCUUAGAAGUUGAAUGUCCACGUCGAAAGCACCCUGAAAAAGUAAAGAAUGUUCAGAAUCCCAGAGGAAGAUCCCAGAAAAGCCAAACUGGAAAUUCAAGGAAUAGAGAGCCUGCAAGACCUCAGAAAACACAGAAGCAACAGGAAAGCUAUGACUGCAACGAAUGUGGGAAGUCUUUCUGCACGAAGUCUGCCCUUACAGUGCACCAGCAGACACACUCCAAGGACAUAUCCUAUGAAUGUGAGAAAUGUGGAAAGUCUUUCUCGAAAAAUGAAGACCUCACAAAACACCAGAAAGUUCACACCAGAGACAAAACCUACGAAUGCAAAGAAUGUAAAAGCAUUUUCUACCACCUGUCAUCACUCAGUCGACACCUGAGAACCCAUGCCGGAGAUAAACCCUAUGAAUGUAAGCAGUGUGAGAAAUCUUUCUACCAGAAGCCACAUCUCAUGGAACAUCAGAAAACUCACACAGGAGAGAAGCCCUUCAAGUGUACUGAAUGUGGGAAGUUUUUCUACAUGAAAGCAUACCUCCUGGUUCAUCAGAAAACACAUACUGGGGAGAAACCCUUUCAGUGCAAGGAGUGUGGCAACUUCUUUUCCCAGAAGUCACACCUCACAGUACAUCAGAGAUCACACACAGGGGAGAAGCCCUACAAAUGUAAGGAAUGUGGGAAAUUAUUCUCCAGGAAUUCCCACCUCAAAACCCAUCAGAGAACUCACACUGGAGAGAAGCCGUAUGAGUGUAAGGAAUGCAAAAAAUGCUUCUACCAGAAGUCAGCCCUCACAGUGCACCAGCGAACUCACACAGGUGAGAAGCCCUUUGAAUGUAGUAAGUGUGGGAAACACUUCUAUUAUAAGUCAGAUCUCACUAAACAUGAAAGAAAACACACAGGGGAGAAGCCCUAUGAAUGUGCAGACUGUGGGAAAUCCUUCUCUGUGAACUCAGUCCUCAGAUUACAUCAAAGGACUCACACGGGAGAGAAGCCCUAUGAAUGCGAAGAGUGUGGGAAAUGCUUUUCCCAGAGGUCACACUUCAUUAUACAUCAAAGGAAGCACACUGGGGAGAAGCCAUACGAGUGUCAAGAGUGUGGGGACACCUUCAUCCAGAAGUCCCAGCUCAAUGCACAUCGGAAGACACAUGCACAGAAGGGAAACGCUGACAAAUAGUGUGACUGUUUCUGUUGGAAUUUGCCCAGCGGAAGGAUCAGAUAAUUCAUGUAAUGAGAAUUGUCAAUAAGAGAAAGUUCUGAGUUGUAACUUUUCCUUACAGAAUAUCAGCCAGUGCAGUAAGUUUAUUAGGAAGACCUUGUAAUCACAGGAUAGACUUUACAAAGUAUCAGACAACAGAGAGAGCACACGGGAGAGAAUUCCUGUUAGUAAAAUGAUGGCCAAGAAGUUUUAUGUGGAAGUAUCUAAUGCCAGACAUCUAAAAGUGCACAUACGUGAGAAAGUCCUGUGAAUAGCUCUAAGUAUUCAAAAGCGUGGCACAAAAGUGGCACUUACAACAGAAAACUGCAGAGAUUGUGACAGAUAAUAGAUGUUUUCAUCAAGAUGAUGUUUCACGAAAUGCCCUGUCAUUCAUACUUAUACCUUUUAUCGUACAUAUUUGAAAGAUUGUAAACAAAAAUUCGAAGACUGUGUGGAGAGAAGCACUUAUAGUAUGUCAUGUUGCAGAUUUCCAAGGUGGGUUUGUUUUCUUUUAAAAGAAAUAUACAGUGUAGCAUAGUGGGGCAUUCCUCCAGGAUGCAGGAUUCCAGGUUCAAGCUGUCCUAGGCAGAGUUAGCAAGACUGUUUCAAAAAUAGCAACCUAAGGGCUAGUGGUUCCAUGGGUGCCUUGUAAGAAUGAGGCCCUGGGUUCAAUCUAAUAAGGAAGCAAGCAAGCAAGCAAGCAACCGAGGGAGGGAGGAAGGA